GCAUCACUGCUCUCCAAAGAAAUGAGGGAGGAUAUCACACUGCAAGUGGAUAACAAAAGAAUUCUUAAAGGAGAUUCUGUGGCUUCUCGGAUGCGUGAAGAUAAUGAAGUAGCCCAAGGUGGCAGUCAUCUGUUUGACGACAUGGAGGCUGGAGAAACCCAUAUGCCUAAGAGGAUGGGCAGAUCAGUUCAGAGAGGCUGUCAACCAGCAUCUGUGUUGCAAGCAAACCCACAAAUGAUUCAAACCAGAGACAAAGGGAAACAAUCUGUAGACAACAUGCAAUGGAGCAUUGACCCAGGGGCAGACCUUUCUCAGUAUAAAAUGGAUGUCACUGUGAUAGAGGACAAG